CGCGGGAGGACCUUUCGCGCGUAAACCUCAUCCCCUACUUCAUUGUCCGCUUCCUGGAGCCAUUUUUCGCUCUAGCGAGAGGGAGUUCGCAUCGCAUUUUAAUCGCUUACAUCGGGUGUCUUAGGCUUUAGCAGUUUCACUCACAUUACAGCUAUGCGUUCCUAACACUGUGCGCUUUCGUCAUUUAUGAUUAUUUUAUAUCCACUCGCUCGGUUUAAAGAGAAAACGAGCCUCAAAGCACAAGUGGGACAAAGGGAACCUGCGCCUCUGAGGAUCAUGAGAAAGGGGGGUUCCUCGGUCCCGGGACAAGUCAUGUUAACAGGGGUUGUUAGAGGUGAACAACACGGUGUUUUUAGCGCGGUUUCCGAUCGACGGUGUGCAGCUUAUUCCAGUGCAGCCCGAAUACAAAUAACCACACCGCCGUCCACUAAUAAUGUCUGUGUGCCCGAGGCUUCUGCUGACAGUUUGUACACCACUCCUCUACAAGGAGCGACACACGGGACAGGACUGCGACCCGCACUGGGACGACCCCCGGCUAAAAGGAGACUUGAGCUAGAUAUCACAGACCACCAAUACAGCGAGCCAGCUAAAACCCUUCGGAGUCGCAAAGGAGCUCUUAAACUGAAGGUCCCCAAAGCUCCCAAAACCCCACCGGAGAAGACCCGAUACGACACAUCCUUGGGAUUCUUGACUAAAAAGUUCUGUCAACUGCUUGCGCAGUCCUCCGAUGGAGUGCUGGACCUCAAUAAAGCCGCCAUUGUGCUCAACGUCCAGAAGAGACGUCUGUAUGACAUCACCAACGUGCUGGAGGGGGUGCGCCUCAUCAAGAAGAAGUCAAAGAACAACAUACAAUGGCUGGGCUCCAGCUUGCCAUCUGAGGGUGGGCUUCCAUCUCCAGCUGUGCAGAGUCACAGCCUGGCCAGAGAGAUGCUGGCGCUCACUCAGGAGGAGAGACGCCUGGACGAGCUCAUUCAGACCUGCACACGUAACGUCCAACAGAUGACUGAGGAGAUACACAGUCAGAAAUAUGCCUAUGUGACCUAUCAGGACAUCCAAAGAAUAAAGAGCCUAAAAGACCAAACCGUCAUAGCGGUUAAAGCUCCAUCUGAAACCAAGUUGGAGGUGCCUGACCCAAAGGAGAGUUUACAGGUCCACCUGAGUAGCUCCAAGGGUCCCAUUGAUGUUUUUCUCUGUACGGAUGGUGGUGACUCUGGGAGCCUGCUACAAAACGGCCUUGAUGUGAAUGGAAAUCACCCUGCCUUUCUCAAAGUCUCCCAAGAAGCCGCUACAGAUGGAAUGGCUGAUGGUGUGAAGAUGAACGGCAGCUCUAAUGGUUAUGGGCCCCUGACUGAAAGUGCCCCCAUGUCACCCCUCAGUUCCUCCUUGUCUUCCAUUCUCCAGCAGCCGGAGGAGUCCAUCCCCUUCGUGCCGCUGUCUCCUGCUCUUCUCAGCGAUGAAUACAUGCUGGGAUUGAGUGAUGAGCAGGGCAUAAGUGAUCUGUUUGACUCCUGUGACCUGGACACGCUAGCACUGGAUGACCUGCUCAGGAUAUGAGCGAUCAAGUUAGUUGAUGGUGCUGCUUAGUUCGUGAAUGAAAUCUGGAUCGGCGAGAUUGUUGGGCAUAACUCUGAGGAUGAACUACAGAUUGAACUUCAUGAAUUUUAGAAUUAUCCUUGUCGCAUUUGACAUUGACCGUUUACGCAUGGAUCUUACUGCUACGGGAUCCAAAGUUUUUGUUGUCUGAUACUGUAUAGAUGAGUUUCUGUAUCCUAAAAUAUGUCCUUUUAAAGUUAUUUUUAGUGUGAAUUGCAUGAGCUGUGUGAUUUGUCUGUGAACUUUGUCAUAUUGGUUUUCCUGACGGCACCUCUACAAAUAACGCAGAAAGCUCACAAUUUCUUCAAAAUGGAGUAUUUCUCUACUCACAAUCUGUGGACGUCUGUCCAUUUGAGAAUCUCCGCAUCAUAGGCUAGCUAUGUAUCAAAGAAGAUCAGCGAGUUCUUUCUUUAUUGAAUGAUCCAAAGUCUAUUUGGUGCUCCUUCAUUUAGUCUGCUUUUUGCCAGUGUUCAGCAUCUCAGGGCACAGAUCAAGGAGCGAGUGCUUUGUGUGGUGAUCUCUGGGUAAAAUCAAAGGUUUUUUUUUUUUUUUCUGAGCUACAGUGUCUUAUCCCUUUUGUUACCAAAUGAUUUGGUGCAAAGAAAUGUUGAUGCAUUUCGGUGUGAUUCAUUGUGUAAACAAUGUAAUGAUUCUGCCAGUUCUGGAACUACAGUUUUGGCUAAUAUUUUUUUUUUUGUUUUUUCAAAUUUAGGUUGGAAAGCGUACUUUGGAUAUGUCUCCAAAGUCUAGUCCCCCUUAAUGUUGAAUGUAUUUCAGUAUCUGUAUUGCACUGAAGACUGAAGUCUUACGAAGCCAUCAUGGACAUCUGUGGCGUAAAUCGCCACAUGAUUAUGAAAAAUUUAGUGUCCCACGGAGAAUUGUAGGUUUUUCAGUAGCUUUAUUUUUUGUAGCUUUAAUUCCCCAGCAUUAUUUCUCCUCCUUUUUUGUCCAUUCCAUUAAAUUAACUUUUUUUUUAAUUAUUAUUAUUAUUAUUAUUUUUUCACAUCUUCUGGAAAAGCCUCAUUACAUGCUUAUAAACAGGUCACUGUUCUAAUUCUUUUUCAAUCCUUAUUCCUGCAAAUGAGACUGCCGAUCUGUUACUUUAGUUGUAUUUUCUGUAACCAUUUUAGGAGAGUUCAAUCGUUUAAUACUUCAAUUGUGAAGUAACUUAUUGCAGUUUUUGCUGUGGUUAAAGUAAAUUAUGGUACAUAAUUUUGAAUUAGUGUAAUGCUCACUAGUUCUCUUGAUUCUGCAUUGGAAUGAGGGUGUUGGUCAUGUAUGCAGCUGUAUUGCAUAGAAAAUGUUAUGGUUAAUCACCAGUAUGUAUUCUAUUCUACUGUGCAGUUUGAUUUACUCAUGUAGUUUUUUUUUUUUUUUUUUUUUU